CACAUUCUGUUUGUUCUGACUGAGCAGCCACUCACCCAGACUGCAGGUGAUCCAGAAGGACUCUGGUUUGCCUCUCUGCCUAGUUAAAAGAACUUCACACAGUUUUUCUAAGACGUUAUAAAAUGUCUACUGAUGCAGCGGAAGCAACAAAAGCCAAGAUGCCAGAUAAACUGGAGCCAACUAAAGGAAAGUCACAUGAUUCUGACAAGAAGGUCGACAAUAAGGUAACACUGAAUGGAAGUGAUGGACACCAGGACAACCUCAUGACUGGACAGCCAAGCAACUCCAGAAACAAAGCAGCAACUAUUAUAUUCACACUGAAGAAUGAAGUGGGGGGGCUGAUCAGAGCUCUGAAACUUUUCCAGGAAAAACACGUCCAUCUGGUUCACAUUGAGUCUCGCAAGUCCAAACGGAGAGAUUCAGACUUUGAGAUCUUCAUAAACUGUGAUUCAAAGCAUGAACAACUGAAGGAGCUGACCGAGCUGCUGAGGACACACACCGACAUAGUGGAAAUGACUCCGUCUGGAAGCUCUUCUUUACUACAUGAUGGUUUGGAAAGUGUUCCCUGGUUUCCUACAAGGAUUUCGGAUUUGAAUCUGUGCGCCAACAGGGUUUUAAUGUACGGCUCUGAAUUAGAUGCAGAUCACCCGGGAUUUAAAGACCAAAUUUACCGUAAAAGGAGGAAGUAUUUUGCUGAUUUGGCUAUGAACUUCAAACAUGGUGAUCAGAUUCCUCGUAUCGACUACACGGCAGAGGAGGUGCGGACCUGGGGCGUGGUGUUUCAGGAGCUUAACAAGCUGUAUCCCAGCCAUGCCUGCAAGGAGUAUCUGAAGAAUCUUCCUCUGCUGACCAGAUACUGUAAAUACAGUGAGAACAACAUCCCUCAGUUGGAGGAUGUGUCACGCUUCCUCAUGGAGCGCUCAGGUUUCAGCAUCCGGCCGGUAGCAGGCUACCUCUCUCCAAGAGAUUUCCUAGCAGGGCUCGCUUUCAGGGUGUUCCACUGCACUCAGUAUGUCCGUCAUGGCUCAGAGCCUUUGUACACACCUGAACCGGACACAUGCCAUGAGGUGUUGGGCCACGUUCCUCUCCUGGCAGAGCCCAGCUUCGCUCAGUUCUCCCAAGAGCUUGGUUUAGCAUCACUUGGCGCUUCAGAUGAAGACGUGCAGAAACUUGCCACAUGUUAUUUCUUCACGGUGGAGUUCGGCCUGUGUAAGCAGGAUGGAGGCCUGAGAGCCUAUGGAGCUGGACUCCUCUCCUCAGCUAGUGAACUCAAGCAUGCUCUGUCUGGGGAGGCCAACAUCCGCCCGUUCGAUCCCGUGGUAACCUGCAACCAGGAGUGCAUGAUAACCACAUUCCAAGAUAUUUACUUUGUGGCUGAAAGUUUCGAAGAAGCCAAGAACAAAAUGAGGGAGUUUGCCAAAACCCUUAAGCGUCCAUUCACAGUGAACUACAACCCCUACACUCAGAGUGUGGACGUUCUGAGGGACACCUCCAACAUCAACAACAUGGUGAAAGAUAUCCGGCAUGAGCUGGACAUUGUUGAAGAUGCCUUGCGUCGUCUCGGCAAACUCCAGAGAGACUGAAGAGUCAAAAUUGCAAAUUAGCAGUCUCCAAACUAUUUAAAUGUGAUUGUUGGUUGUGCUCUGUCUCUUUUUUUGCUUGUGGACAUGAUGCUGCAUAUGCUAAAAUAAUCAAUUGAUGUUUUAUUAAGUUAUGAUAUGAGAUGUAAAAGGUGAAAAUGUCUGUAGUUUCACAUUGAAGAAAUUUGACUGUUGCGCUUGUAUGCCUUCUGUUCAGCAGAAGGCUUACAAGUCCCACCCUAAGGACAAACAGUUUGAAACAGUGAAGCAGGACUUAAAAUCAGUUUGUUGUUAUAAAAUGUGCUACAUUAGAAGUUCAAGUAACAAUUUCAAAGUUCAAGUUAAAAAUGAAUGGGAAAAAGUUGGAAAAAAAUCCAGUG